GGCACGGCACGGCAGGGCUCGGCACGGCACGGCUCGGCACGGCUCCCAGCGCCCCGGGCCGGAGGGAGCCGCGGAGCCGCCCCCGCCGCCGCCCUCCCCGAGCCCCGCAGGCAGCUGUGUUGGCCCCAAGCCGCUGCCCCGAGCACCAUGAGGGGGCUCUGGGCCCUUGUGCUUGGGGGGCUCAUCAGCGCCUGCCAGGGGAAGGAGCUGCCACAGGCAGAAGGGGAGCUGUGCCCGCAGCUCUGGGACGAGGACCUGGUCGGGGACAAGUAUGAGAACAUAACGGGUUUUAACCUGAUCAAGCGGUUCGACCUGCUGAAGAUCUCCUCCAUCAAGAAAGUGCGCGGCCUGCGGGGCCCGGCGGUGCUGCGGCUGGGCGCGGUGCCACUGGUGCAGCCCACGCGGCAGGUGUUCCCCCGCGGGCUGCCCCCCGAGUUCACCCUCGUCCUCACCUUGCUGCUGAAGAAGAACAGCACCGGGGAGCACUGGUACCUCUUCCAGGUCACCGACCGCCAGGGCUACCCCCAGCUCUCCCUGUCCGUGCACGGCCCUGAGAAGAGCCUGGAGUUUCAGGCCAGGGCUCCGGGGACCACGUUCGUCAGCACCGUCUUCGCGGGGAAGGCCGUCUCGUCGCUGUUCGACGGGCGCUGGCACAAGGUGGUGGUGGCCGUGCAGAGCCGCGCCGUCUCCCUGCACCUCGACUGCGGCUCCAUCUCCUCCAAGCCCCUGGCGCCGCGGCGGGCGCUGGCCGCAGAGGGCAACGCCUUCCUGGGCUUGGAUGCCGCACGCGGGACCCCGAUCCGGUUCGACCUCCAGCAAGCUCACAUCUACUGCGACGCCGAGCUGGCCCGGCAGGAGGGGUGCUGCGAGAUCUCGGCCAGCGGGUGCCAGCCCGAAGCUCCCAAGACGCGGCGGCAGGCGGAGCUGAUGCAGAGCAGCAACCUGAUCGAGCUCUCGCCGCAGCAGCCCCAGGGCCGGGUGUAUACGCGCUGCUUCUGCCUGGAGGAGCCGCUGGGCUCGGAGCCAGUGAGGGCCUCGGAAAGGAGCGGCCUGAAGGGAGAUCACGGGGAGAAGGGCUACAAGGGCCCGCCGGGGACACGCAGCGAGGAGUGCCCCCCCUGCUCGCCGCGGACAUCUCCGGCCAACGUCACGCUCGGUCCCCCAGGACCCAAGGGAGGGAAGGGCGAGCGCGGCCAGCCUGGAUCCUACGGCAGCAAGGGGGAGAAAGGCGACCGUGGUGCUGACUGCGUGCGCACAGACCCUGGUGGCCCCGUGCAGUGUGCUGAGGGGCCGCAGGGCGAGAAGGGGCAGCGGGGCGAGGUGGGGCUGCCAGGGGCGGCGGGUGCCGACGGGCAGAAGGGCCAGAAGGGUGAGAAGGGCGACGGGGGACUCCAGGGCAAGCCGGGCCGCCCGGGCCGUGAUGGCCGGCCCGGAGAGAUCUGCGUGGUGGGCCCCAAGGGCCAGAAGGGCGACCCCGGCCUCGUGGGACCCGAGGGGCUGGCUGGCGAGCCGGGGCUGCCGGGCAAGCCGGGCUCGCCGGGGAUCGGCUUUCCAGGGAAGCCGGGCGACCCCGGUGGCCCCCCAGGUCCAAAAGGAGAAAAGGGCAGCUCGGGAGCUCCUGGACCCGGCGGACCGCCUGGGACGCCCGGGCUACCCGGCGGCCUGGGGCCAAAAGGAGACAAGGGCGAGCCAUGCGAGCCGUGCCCCACCAUCCCCGCGGGGAUGCUCAGCACCACCGGGCUCCCCGGCCAGCCGGGACCCAGGGGGGAGCCUGGGCCGCCUGGGAAGGACGGGGUCUCGGACAGGCCCGGCCCCGCAGGACCCAAAGGGGACAGGGGAGACCCUGGCAUCCAAGGCAUGAAAGGGGAGAAGGGGGACUCCUGCCUGUCCUGCGACGCCCGCGUCCUCACCGCGCUGCUGCGGGAGCCCCCCAAGGGGCACGAGGGCGAGCCGGCGCCGCUGCUGGGUGAAGCCAUCCUCCCCGGGCUGGCUGGCAUCAAGGGCGAGAAGGGGGCCGGCGGUGAGGAGGGUCCUGCGGGCAGACCGGGGCUCCCGGGGGAUAAAGGCGACCCAGGUGUGCGGGGACUGAAAGGAGAGAAGGGUGAGCCCUGCGGGCAGUGCCCCCCGGCUCCGCAGGCGCUGGAAGGGGCAGCGACGGUGCUGGCCGUGCCCGGAGCGCCGGGGCAGCGGGGCAGGGACGGGCCCCCCGGCAGAGAGGGCAAGCCUGGUGACGCCGGCCAGAAAGGGCAGAAGGGGGCCGCGGGCAGCCCCGGGGACCCGGGGGCACCGGGCAUGGAUGGCCUCCCGGGGCUGGCGGGUGAGCCGGGCAUCAGGGGGCCGGCCGGCCCCAAAGGCCAGAAGGGAGACUCCUGCGAGCCGUGCCCCGCGCUCCAGGGGCAGCUCUCGGACGUGGUGGGCAUCCCCGGAAAACCCGGGGCCAAAGGGGACCCCGGCACCCCGGGUACCGGCCAGCCUGGCAGACCCGGCAAGCCGGGGCUGCCGGGGAUCCGAGGUCCCGCCGGGCCCAAGGGGCUGCAGGGCGAGCCGGGACCACAGGGGAUCGGCCAGCCGGGACCGCAGGGAGAGCCCGGCAGCACCGGACCACCCGGGACCCCCGGACCCCCCGGAGCCCAGGGCCCCCCAGGAAUGGCAGCAGAGAAAGGAACCAAGGGAUCUCCGGGUCCCAAAGGUGCCGUGGGCCCCCCCGGGCCACCAGGACCCAGCGUCACCGGGCCACCGGGCCCCGAGGGGCAGCGGGGGCUCCCCGGGGUGCCUGGCUCCAGCGGGCUGCCGGGAGAGAAGGGCGCCCAGGGCGAGAAGGGGGACCCCGGGGAAUGCGCCUGCCCCCCGAGCCUGCGUCAGGACCCCAGCCACGCCGGGAUGCCGGGAGCCCCCGGGCUCUGGACCGGGAUGUCCUGGCAGCCGCAGCCGGGUCCCCAGGGUCCCCCCGGAGCCCCCGGCCCCCCCGGCCCUCCCGGUGCCCCCGGACGCCAGGGGGUCCCAGGACACAACGGCUUGCCGGGGCUGCCCGGGCCGGCUGGAGACCUGGGGCCGUUGGCUGUCAUGGCCGAGAGGAACAUCGAGGUGCUGAAGAACCUCUGCGGGGACUGCGCCCAGCUGCAGGCGGCCUUGGAAGCGCCCGGCGGUGUCAAGGGGGAGAAGGGGGACCGGGGCAUGCCGGGCGCCCCCGGCAGCGAGGGCUGUGCUCGCUGCUUUGCCCAGUUCCCGAGAGCUGAGGAGGCUCGGGGCGACAGCCCCGAUUCGGACUGCGCGGGCGAUCCCGGGCUCCCCGGUGCCCCGGGCAUCCCUGGCGAGAGAGGCGAGCAGGGCCCACCGGGACUGCGGGGACCCCCAGGGCCACCGGGGCCCAUCGGCCCCCCAGGCUUCCCUGGAACGCAGGGCGUACCCGGACUGCCCGGUCUCCAGGGGGAACGCGGCCCAGCCGGGCUGGCCGGAGCCAAAGGGGAGCCGGGACCUCCAGGACAGCCCGGCUACCCCGGUGCCACGGGCCCCCCCGGCCUUCCUGGCAUCAAAGGUGAGCGAGGCUACGUGGGCCCCCCCGGGGAGAAGGGGGAACCGGGCCCCCCCGGCUUGGACGGCCUCCCCGGUGCCGUGGGGCCAGCGGGACCGAGGGGCGAGCGGGGGCUCCCGGGCAGCUCUGGUGAGAAGGGCGACCAGGGUUUCCAGGGCCAGCCCGGCUUCCCGGGGCCGCCUGGCCCCCCUGGCUUCCCGGGGAAAGUUGGCCCAGCCGGGCCCCCGGGACCUGCAGCCGAGAAGGGCAGCGAGGGCAUGCGUGGGCCCACGGGCAUGCCAGGACCCCCCGGCCCCCCUGGCCCCCCGGGCAUCCAGGGCCCUGCUGGUUUGGAGGGACUGGACGGCAAGGACGGCAAGCCGGGGCUGCGGGGUGACCCCGGUCCCCCCGGGCCACCAGGGAUGAUGGGUCCCCCGGGCUUCAAGGGCAAGCCGGGGCACCCGGGGCUCCCAGGACCCAAGGGUGACUGCGGCAAACCCGGCCCCCCGGGGAGCACGGGACGGCCCGGGGCUGAGGGCGACCCCGGCCCCAUGGGACCCCAAGGCCGGCAGGGACCCCCGGGGCUCAUCGGACCCCCUGGCAGCCCGGGGCAGCCAGGCCCCGCUGGCCUCGCCGGAGUGGGGCUGAAGGGCGAGCGCGGCUCGGCGGGGGACCGAGGUCUGCCGGGGAUGCCGGGACAGCCGGGACCACCGGGACACCCCGGCCCACCGGGGGAGCCGGGGCCGGAUGGACCCAGCGGUAAAGAGGGCCCCCCAGGAAAGCCCGGCACCGCGGGACCCGCCGGCCAGAAGGGCGAAGCUGGAUCCCCCGGCGAGCGAGGGUACCCCGGGGAGAAGGGCAGAGCCGGCGCCCCCGGGGGGCCGGGGAAGAGCGGCUCCAUGGGUCCCGUGGGGCUGCGGGGCCCCGCUGGUGAGAGGGGCCCCCCCGGCUCUCCGGGACCUGCGGGCAGCCCCGGGCUGCCGGGCCCCCCGGGGAUGAUGGGGGACGUGGUGAAUUACGACGAGAUCAAGAGGUUCAUCCAGCAGGAGAUGAGCAAGAUGUUUGACGAGCGCAUGGCGUACUACACCUCUCGGAUGCACUUCCCGGUGGAGAUGGUGGCGGCCCCGGGCAGACCGGGUCCCCCGGGCAAGGACGGGCUGCCCGGCCGGCCGGGACCCCCCGGCUCCCCGGGGAUGCCGGGGCAGAUCGGCAGAGAGGGGCGGCAGGGAGUGCCGGGCAUGCGGGGGGAGCCAGGCGCCAAAGGAGAGAAAGGGGAGAAAGGCGUGGGGAUGAUGGGGGACAGCGGCCCGCCAGGACCCCCAGGUCCCCAGGGACCACCAGGCUACGGGAAGAUGGGCCCGCCGGGCCCCGUGGGCCAGCAAGGCAUCCCCGGUAUCCCCGGCCCGCCGGGCGCCACGGGACCACCGGGCAAAACCGGGCACUGCAGCCCGGCCGAGUGCCUGGGCGCCCUGCCCGUGGAGCAGCCGCUCUUCCAGCCCAAGAAUGCCAAGGGCCCCUUCGGCUGAGCCGGCCCCGGGCGCUGCCCGCUGCUGGUUUUAUUCUUGCCCCCGUUUUCCAGGGGGCCGCGCCGGUCCCGGGGGGAGCGGGGGGCAUGGGGGGCGGGUGCCGCCCAGCUCCGCUGGGGGUGGCUGUGGGGCGGGUGGAUCCUGCCCGGAUGAAAUACAGCCGAGUGCUGCCCCGC